CCCCGCCCAUUUCCUGGGAGAGGGGGGCACGGGCUAGGGGAGUUACUAGAGGCCCAGUGCCCGCACCCCUACUCCGUCGCCUGGCAUUCACCUCGCCAUGGUUCUUCUGCCUCUGCGCUGUGUCUUCUGGGGCUCCUUGCUGACCGCCGUCCACCCAGAAUACACUGCAUGCAGAGAAAAGCAAUACCCAGUAAACAACCAGUGCUGUGAUUUGUGUCCUCCAGGACAGAAACUGGUGAGCGACUGCACGCAGACCAUCAACACAGAAUGCACUCGUUGCAAAGAAGGCGAAUUCCUAGGCACUUGGAACUCAGAGAGACACUGUCACCAGCACAAAUACUGCGACCCCAACCUAGGGCUCCGGGUCCAGAGAGAGGGCACCUCAGAAACAGACACCACUUGCACGUGCCAUGAAGGUCUCCACUGUACCAGCGAGGCCUGUGAAAGCUGCACCGUGCACAGCCUGUGCCCUCCUGGCCUGGGAGUCAAGCAGAUCGCUACAGAGGUUUCUGAUACCGUCUGCGAUCCCUGCCCCGUCGGCUUCUUCUCCAAUGUGUCAUCUGCUUUGGAAAAGUGUCACCCUUGGACAAGCUGCGAGACCAAAGGCCUGAUGGAGAUUCAGGAGGGGACUAACAAGACGGAUGCUGUCUGUGGUCCCCCACCUCGGAUGAGAGCCUUGGUGGUGAUCCCCAUCACCAUGGGGAUCCUGCUCGCUGUCCUGCUGGUGUCCACCUGUGUCAGAAAGGUGGCCAAGGAGCCAGAAAAUAAGGUUAUGUGGAUGGAACACAGGAAGGACCCCGUGGAGGACAUGGAGGAAUCUCCUGUCCCUCCCCACUCCAUUGCUCCGGUGCAGGAGACCUUACACGGGUGCCAGCCGGUGACCCAGGAGGACGGCAAAGAGAGUCGCAUCUCGGUGCAGGAGAGAGUAUGAGGCAGUGCGCUCCCAGGAAGACGGGCGCGUGGUCGCAGGGCCUGGAGCUGCGGCUCCAGCUGCUGCGCUGGGCGGCAAGGGGCGGGGCAACCCCUGCGCAUCGCUGAGGUGCAGAAUCGGAGAACCUUCCACCCCAGCCCUGGAGCCCAUUCGGUCUCUCAACUUGCUGUUAAAGAUGGAGCUGAAACUUUUUGGCGGCCGUAGAGUAAUAUCCACCAAACCCUCCAAACCAGCACUUCAGCGCCCAGAGAUGUACCCUGGUGGAUUCUACGAGCCCAGGAAGAUGCUUACGCGAAUAUCCAUUGAGGCGUUGCUUGUGACAGUGGACAGCUAGAAGCCACUUAACUGUCUGUCCAUCAGCAGGGGACUGGCAAAAUAAAAUUAUAAUUUAUUUAUACAA